AGCUGCGCGUCGCGGGCGUCCCCGCCCGCGAGCGAUGAGCGGCUGCCGCGCGGCGGGGGACAUGAGCCACGCCGACGGCAGCCCGACGCUCGCGCCCGUCGACUCUGUCGCAGGUUUCGCCGUGAGCGGAAGCGGCGGGGCUACCGGCGACACCGAUGACCAGGAGGCGUUGGACGAAUUGCCCGCGCGGAUGAGGAGCAAGUUCCAGAAGACAAAAUACUGCGAGUUCUUUUUCAAGCGAGGGCGCUGCAGGAAGCGCACCAGGUGCAUGUUCGCCCACAGCGAGGCGGAGCUGCGCCCGCUCCCGGACCUGCGCUUCACGAAGAUGUGCCCCUCCGUGGUGGCGGGGGAGGCGUGCGCCCAGGAGGGCUGCAUGUACGCCCACGGCCCGCACGAGCUGCGCCCGCCCGAGGCGGAGGGCCGCGGCGACGGCCCGCCGGAGCCCCCGCGGGAGCCACAGAAGCUCGAGCUGGCCGAGACGAAGAGCACGGGCAGCGGCAGCCUGAACGAGGACGACGAGGACCUCAGCCUCGCCGGCCCGCCUGGCGCCUUUCAGCGCCAGAUGACGGAAGACCCGGUGGCGCUGUGCGUGUGCGUCAUGCGCGUGAAGAACACAUUCAUGCGCGGUGGCGGAUCACUAUCGACGAGAAUGAGUGCUUGAGCAAGGACGACCUCGCGGGCAAGCCGUGGGGCAAGCUGUUCCGCUCGAAGUCCUGGCCGCCACUGCUUAGCAUGCAGGA